CUUUCCUAAUCUAUCUCUACAUAUAUGUAAUACCUUGCGAUUCAGGGUCUCAUAUUUCUAGUCUCUGAAAAGGGCGAGAGGGGCAGAAGAGUUUUCGUUAUCCAUUAUCUUUCUGUUCUUUAGGAAACAGAGAGUAACUCUCUAGAUAUUCUCAAGAAAAUGAAGUACUGGUUUUUGUCAAUCUCUCCCCGUGCUUCUACCUUUGUUCAAAUUUGGGAAGCCAUGGUUUCUGAUUCGAUCGCAAACGUUUCCUCCUCUCCUUCGGCUCCUAAUUCCAGGGAUUUCGGCAAGAACAAGAGGGUAAGAUUUGAAAAUUCUUGCUUCUCCUAUUCCGUCGUGUGUGAUGUCUAUGCGUGUAUCUUCGCAGUGAAAAAGAAGGGAUUUAAGGAGGAAAUUAACGGUAACGAUGGAUCAAUUCUUCACGAGAGCGACAUGGAAUCUCUUUCCAAUAGUCUCACCAGUUGCUUCUUGGAAAGCACCGAUUCGGGUACGAAUUUCACUGGGAGUAGCAGCGGUCACUGUUGUUCUGGUAGCAUGGCGGAUGAGGAGGAAGAUGGGGAUGACGGGUGCUUGGUUGAUUGGGAGGCAGUUGUUGAUGCCUUAGCCGCUUAUGAGAAACACGAGAAUGAAAAUCCUUGUUCUAAAUUGCCCCCUGAGAAGGAGCCUAUUGUCUAUUUGGAUCCUAACCAGGAGUCAAUCAUUGGGCCUGGCGUGGGUGUUGGAAUGUGAAGCCUGAAUGCCCAAGAAUGGUGCCGAGGGUACCGGAGAACUGCAAGGCGCGGCGGGCUGAUAAUGCUUAUCGCCCGCAGAGUUUGCCUGCUUUGUCAAAGCAACUUAGUUUUCCAACCUCGGAGCGGCAUUUUUGCCAAGAGACUUUGUUGAGAUAAUGCCAUUAUGAAUCAUCUAAUUGAAUUGCUAUGGUGCACGGAUAGGUAGGUAACUCGGUGUUCAGUAUCUUUAAAGCAUAAGAUGUUACCUAGUAUGUUGUAGCAUCAGGUAGGAUGUUUGGUAGUUAUAUUAUGUGCCUGGUUGAGUGUCCUCAAAGUCUAAUGAUACAUAAUAUUUAUCUAUAUUGAAUAAUAUCAUUACAUGAACAAAA